UUAAGUUUAGUCGGGCGACGCGGAAGUGGCGAGCCAGUCGUGGAGGCAAGAGACAGGUUCUGUGGCGCACGGGAGGAGGGCCGCGCUUCCAGCCGAGUUACCCCGGCCGAGUGAGGGGCUACAGGGCUAAGCCCUGGGCCAGUGGAGGCGUCGUCACCGCCCGUGGCAGGCAAGCCGAGGCGCACGGGCGUCCGUGGACGUCUGAGCGCUCCUGGACCAGGACGAGUGCACGCCGGGCCUCGUCCUCUGCGGAUUCCGCGGCAAGGUUCCUUAACGACUGCAGCUUGAAGUUCCCGUGGUUGCCGGGAGGCUGGGCUUCGGAGGAAGGUAUCAAGAAACAACGUUUCCUUAAAUUUGCUUCUGUAUUUGCCUCAUCAAUGUCAUUCAUAUUGAGUAUCUUAAGAGAGAUGCUGGAAUACUUUGGUGUUCCUGUAAACCAGGUUUUGCAGAUUUGGGAAAAUAAAGACUAUGGAUCAGCUCGGAGUAUUGUUCGUAUUAUUGGGAAAAUUCUUCCUUUAGAACCUUGUCCCAGGCCUAAUUUUGAGCUGAUCCCACUCUUGAACUCUGUGGACCCAGCUAACUGUGGAUCUGUAGUUCCAUCUUUUGCUGACGUUUUGUAUGUGACGAAUGAUGAAGAAGCCAGUUAUCUCAGAUUUCGAAAUAGUAUAUGGAAAAAUGAAGAAGAGGAGAAAAUUGCUUCUUUCCAUCCUUUGCAACUAGUUGAAGAUCCACUGACACCUGCUCUAAGGCAUAACAAACCAACAAAAAGUGAUUGGCCCGAAAGUGAAGCUGCAAUUAAAAAAAUAGCUGCCCUUGAAGAUGAGCUAGCUUUUCUUCGCUCUCAGAUUGCUGCAAUUGUGGGAAGGCAAGAACUGAGAAACAGUACAAACUCUGGCUCCUUGGACUUGAAGAACAACAGGCCUAGUGGUUUGGGACACAUGCCAUCAUCAGGGACUACUCAACUGAGUGUCGAACCAGAUUUGUUUUCAAGUUCAGUGUUUCCCUCUCCUCCUCCUCCACCACCGCCUCCUCAGGUUUCUUUUCUACAGCCUCCAUGUUCUCCUCUCGUGCAAACAGCAUCUAAUAAUAUUUGUGCAUCAAAUAAUUCAGCAACUGAAGAGAAAAAACAGCACGCAGAUACUAGGAAAACCAAUUUUAGUCAUCAUUCAAAAAACCAGAAAAAUAAAGAUGUUCCAAACAUGUUGGAUGUUCUGAAGGAUGUGAAUAAGGUUAAGCUACGUGCUAUUGAAAGGUCCCCUGGAGGCAGACCCAUUCAUAAAAGGAAAAGACAAGACUCACCUUGGGAUCCAGUGUCUUUAAUAUCCCAUGCACUUAAGCAGAAAUUUGCAUUCCAAGAAGAAGAUUCCUUUGAGAAAGAAAAUAAUUCUUGGGAGUGUUCUCCAUUUUCUAGUCCGGAAACUUCAAAGAGUUAUGCCAGUUCUUCACUGACAAUGCGAAAUGAAGAUUUUCUGACCCAGAUCACAUUCUGUGCAGCUAACCUACAGUGUCUACAAAAGGGAGACUACACACUUCAUCAUAACCUGCCCAAGUCAUUGAACGGAGAGCAGGGGCCAUUCAUGACAGGACUGUACUCAGCGCAAGGCCACAGAAACAGUCCGUUUGCAGUUACCCUGGAGCUGUGGGUUUUCGCCCCCAAAGUACACCAGUUUAUGCUGCCUUUGCUGUCACACUCUCUGCCCUGCUACUCAAAAUGUUACUCACGGGAUCCUCCCGGGCCGGGGCACGAACCCCUGUCCCCUGCAUUGGCAGGCAGACUCCCAACCACUGCGCCACCAGGGAAGCCCUCCCCUGGUCAAAUUUUUAAUGUUUUCCCCAAGCAAUAAAUACAGCUUCUGAGACUGUUUAGAAAGUUUAGCUUUAGUUUUCAUUUUCUUUGUUUAGUUUUCAGCUCAUCACCUAAAGUUUUUCUAAAUUAUGUCACCCUGUCCCCUCUUUACGGUCAUUUCUAUCCCAGCUCCAGGUGCCGGCUGACAGACCAAGAGAGCCGAGUGCUGAAUUACGUACCAGGGGAUCCAUAAACCCUGGAAUGCCAAUUCCUACCGGGACCCAAAGCUAAUCAACUAGAUGGAAAAAAGCUCUGUUUCAUGUUUCAGUUGUACUUUAUCCUCAAGCUGCACUGUUUUGUAUAACGCAAUUGUAUUAUGGGAAUCCUUUAGACAUUAUUCCCGUACUGAAUUUUUUCAAAAGAUCUACUAAAAUUGAGAUCAAUGACUCCCUUGAAUGCAAUGAUUUUGUUAAUGACAACCAAAGGUCUCCCCCAAACCAUGUUGAAAAUUCUGGGAAUAAUUCGUUUAUGAUAUAGGGUUAUAAUAUCUGAAGUAAUAUCAUAGAUAAGAGUUCUUUGGGCCAAUCUACUUGUGCUGUUGAACAAUUUUAUAACAACAAAGCACGCCUAUUGUCUUCGAUAACAUACCUGUGACUCAGAAGCCAAAAAAGUUCAGAAAUGGCCCUGGAGAAUAUAGCCAAUAUUUUAUAAUAACUAUAAAUGAAGUAUAAUCUGUAAAAUCUUUGAAUCACUAUAUUGUAUACCUGAAACUAGUGUAAUAUUAUAAGUCAACUAUACUUCAAUAAAAGAAUGAAAACAUGAUUAAAAAAAGAAAUGGCCCUAGAGACGUAAAUCUGAAUUAGGAUUGCACCUAGGAGUAUCAUUUAUAGAAGUUCUACAAGGACUGGCUUCAACUGGCCAUUAUAUAUUAGAUGGUUCCUAUGGAGACAGAUAGUCUCAGACCAUGAGACGGUAGACUCAGGAAUCCUGUUUGACUUUGGACAAUUUCAAACCUGCUUCAGAGCAAAUUGAAUUCCUUGGAUAUCCUUGUAAACCAAUUUAAUCUUCCCUGGGGGACACUCUGAACCUAUUUCAAACCCAUGCUCUUUGGCUGUGGUCAUCAUUGAGGCUGACCCUGAAUGAAGGCUGUCUCCAAGGGUGAGAUUCAGGCUACAGCACUGGGCCUAAAGCAGUUAAACAUAUUGUAUAAUGUUGGCUCCCUUACCUGAUAUAGGUUGGCAAGGUGGUGGUUUGUUUUGAUCAAAAAUGGCUGGUUUACCCCUGGAUGGUCAACAUCGUGGGCUGCGGCAGCCAGCAGUCCAAGCAUGAUGUCCAGAGGUGUGAGGGAGCUGGCGAGCUGUUAAAGGAUUGAAUGGGGAGAUUGACUGGUGUGUUUCCAAAAAUAGGUUAGCAUUUGUUCUGGCUAAAUCACACUGAAUGAAUCAUCAUAGUAUCGUUCAGGCCUUUCAUCCAGACCGUAACCUUCUGAAGCUGUCAAUAAGGUAACAGAACCAUGGAAAUCGCAGGAAUAAAGAAAGGGCUGUGAGGAAAGUAAUUAAGCAACUCAAAUUGUGUAGCUCAUCCAGGUGGCCUCCUCUUCCUGCUGCUCCUGUCUUGUUUUGUUGUUGUAGUAGUAUUACCUGUUGGCAACACUGCUCUAUAGUGGGCGGGGAGAAGAAGGCAGAGUCUAAAAUCAGCCUUGCUCCUAGGAAAGCUGUAAGUGAAGGAAAAAGCUGAAGCCAAAGCGAUGGAAAAAAUCACUUGUGUAUUUCAACCAUCCAAUAUAUCACUGCCACUUCUUCGAAUAUGAAAUCCACAGUGGGCUGAAUUGCAAAAUUUGCAUAUUUCUUCAAUGUGUAAUAAAUAAAGUGGGGGAAUGUGUGAGAAUCUGUCAUUUUUUUUUUGGUUAGCUAGGAAAACAAGCAGGAAAAUGGGAAUCUAGUGUUAGCUUUAAAUACUCAACUGUGCAAUCUAUACAAUUUUCAAAUUACUUAGGGAUUAAAUAACAAAACCUUUAAUGUCUUCGGGAUAUUUUAUAAGGAUGAGGCAUACCCAGUUUUGUCUUGGGAAUGCCUAUCUGGCAUCUGUAUAUUUAGUGGUUGAUGUUAAAACUGAUUGAACUAAACAGUCUUGGACUGAGAUAUUUUCCAAAAACCCUAAAAAAACUCAUCCUGUAUGUUUUAACAGCUAGGUUUUAUAUGGCUAAGAAAUGCCUAGAUUUUGAGUAACAAGCAUUAUUAUCAUGUUUUAAAUUUUGGAUUAAUAUAUUGCAUCUGGGCAUAUUUUUAAAGAGGUUUUUGAUGUUCACAAUUUCUCUUGGGCCUGAAUCAGGAUGCCUAGUUGCCUCAGUAGGAAAUGCAGCUGAGUCUUGAGGAGUUUUAAUUUUAUUUGUUGAUCAAAAACCAUGAGGUGGGAGACUUCCUAGAAAAGUUCAGUUCUGGUACUGUUUGUGGCAAAGGUUCAAGGCAAAAGCAGCUAACUUCUGUGACGGUUGAAGAUAUCUAGGAUGCAGAUUGUCAUAGAGAGGGUUGUUUUCGUCCUAAUGCAGCCUUGAAAAUAUAUAAAUUAUGAAACAGAACCUCUGAAAAUUUUCAUCCUCUUUCAUGACUAUUAUACAGUUUUCAGAGCUGAUACUGAAACCUUAAUAUAAGCAAUUUGUAUUCAUGCUAUAAAUUGGCGCAUAACCCAGUUGCUCUGAUAUGUCAGGGGAUUUGGGACCCGGCAGGUAGUUUACAUGGCAUUUCCAGAUGGCCGAGGAGGCAGCAGGUCUUGCCUUACCUUUGGCUCCUUUAGGUAGCAGUGCAUGGCCUGGGUGACAUCGGCCGCAUGAACAGCAUUGUGAUAUGGGUUUUGGCUGUGGUAAUCUUCUUGAACCAUGACUAGGAGGUAAGCAGAUAACUCAAUCAGCUAAAAACAAAACACAAAGGACAUACUAGCUCAGACUUAUUGAGGGUCCUUUUUGCUUAAAAAUAACAGUGUCUCCAAAAUGUGCAGCCUGGGAAUGCUUUAGAAAUGAACACGAUUUGCCAGCUUGGCAGUUCUACUGGGUUGAUUUCAGUGGAGAGGAGGGGGAGGGAAGAGGGAAGAAAGGCUAAAAGGAUUUGUGAGGCCCUUGGGAUUCCUCACCACCUUCAUAAAUCACCCCUUUCUGGCAUUCAUGAAGGCUCUCAUUCAUUGGAAAAAUAAAUAUGUAGGAAAAGGGCAACUUUAUUUCACACUAUAGUUUAAGUAUUUAAGUUUGCUGCCAUUUAAGAAUAAUGUGCCAUAAAAGAGGCUUCCUUUUAAAGAGACCUACUCUCAUCCAAAGAUUGCUUUAUCACUUAAAUAACAAAUACUGACCAAAGCAAAUCUGGGGAUUCUUCAGGCAGAAAUUCAUAGAUCCAACUGAGGAAUCCUUGGAUUUAUUUCUAUCUUACUCAGAUUAAAUGAUCAUCUUUCUUGCCCUUCCAAUCUAGGGACCGGAGUGAUCUUGGAAUCGAAUAGAGACACAAGGAAGGCAAUUUGAGUUUGCUAUUUACAGAAGCUACUUGCCUGCUUCAGCUAAUAACUAAGGCAAUGUCUAGGAUGCAAUAUAUUCAGUGUGUAUAGAAUGUCCUGGCUUUCAAGUUUCCUGGCUAUGUUCUCUCAGACCAGCUAUGACUUUGGCUCUGUAUUCCAGUGUUAUUUCUUUCAUUGAAUCUUUGCCUUUUUCACAUGUACUCUGGGUGCCUACACAUGUCCAAAGUAUCUGUGCUCUCCCUCUUUAGACAAAUCAAAAUUAUUUGGCUCUAUUCAUGGCCAUUACUUUGCUCAAUCAAUCUGAACACAAUUAGCUUGAGGUUAUUUGUGUUUCUGGAAUGAGCCGUGCUCUGGCUUGUUUCCAGUAUUUCUGUUGUGCCACAUGUACCUUUUAAUCAGCAGGUUUAUUUGACUAUUAUAUGAACCCUGGCUCUAUUACUUAUCUGUAUUGGGCAAGUUACUUAACCGAAAGUUUCCUCCAUUUCUUUCUCUAUAAAAUAGGGAUAACAACAGCUCUGAUCUCAAAGAGGUGCUGUAAGGAUUAAAUGUGGUAAUAUAUGCAAGUUCUUAGAAGACUUUCCAGCAUAUGUAAACACUAUAUAAGCCUGGUGGUUGCUGCUACUGUUGUUAUCACCAUCACCAUUAUUUUACCCUUGAUGCAUCAAGUCAGCUUCCAAAUUCAAAGCACUGCCAUGUGCCAUGUCAAAGAAGCCAGGAACACAUUAAGAGGCAGAGGAAAGUCAUUUGGUGACUAAAAAUGUGCCCUGGGGCUUCCCUGGUGGCGCAGUGGUUGAGAGUCCGCCUGCCAAUGCAGGGGACACGGGUUCAUGCCCCGGUCCGGGAAGAUCCCACGUGCUGCGGAGCGCCUGGGCCCGUGAGCCAUGGCCGCUGAGCCUGCGCGUCCGGAGCCUGUGCUCCACAACGGGAGAGGCCACAACAGUGAGAGGCCCGCGUACCACAAAGGAAAAAAAUGUGCCCUGGAUAAUUCACUGGAAGAUAAAUAAGAAUAUGCAUGAAGUCAAAUGAGAUCUGGGGCUGCUUUUUGAUGAGGAGAGAUGGUGGAGUUGAGUGGAAAGAUGGUAGGCUUUCAAAUCAGACAGACCUGGGCUUGGACUGCAGCUCUGCCAAUUAUAUGUUGUUGACCUUGAGCAAGUUACAAAACCUUUUUGUACUUCUCCUUACUUAUGGGCCAAAUGGUGAUAAUGGCCAACUUGCAGGGUUGUUGAAGCUGUUAGAAAUAACGUACCAAAAGCCCCUUGCCUACAGUGGGUGCUACAUACAUGGUAGUUCUUAUCAUUAAAAAAAAGCCUGUUGAAUAUUUCAACAACUCAUAUCCAGAGUGGCAUUAUUUGAGGAAUAUUUUCUGGGAUUUUGUUAAUAUGUGAGCAGAUCAGUAACUUCUGGACAGUUAUUUGCUCUUAAUGGUUGUCUUUACAUAGCCUUUAUCUCUUAAACAUAACUAAUCAGGUAAGCAUUUUUUCCAGUGAUUUAAAUAAGUAAACUUAUUUUAAAAUUAAGAUGAGAUGAUUUAAGACUAAUAUGAGGUCUUCAUCUACCAGGCUAUGGCUCUUGCCACUUUAUGUUAAAGAAUAUUGUAGAUUGCCAUUUUUCAGGGGCAAGGGGGUAGAAAUAAGGAAAAAAGGACUUACCUAAAAACCUGUGUAAGGUCACCAUAUCUAACUUGAAGUGGUGAAUGAGCCCAUGGGCGUUGAAGAGGUGGCACAGCAGUGUUACCAGGCUGUUUCCUAUAGGGGAACAGCCACCUGUUUUAAUCCAUUUUCAUCACCAUUAAAAUAUCAAGACUAGCAAUAGCAUCCAAAGUUUCUGUAAUGAAAGUUCUCUGAUAGGAUCAUUUCUUUUCCCCUUUAGAUUUAAAAUUAUUCAAGUGUAAAGAUAUUAUUACUAUGAUCUGGUCCCAUAUUUUCUCUUAUUGUACAAGUAAAAUUAACUUAGACCUUCUCCCUAUACCAAAGGCAAUGAAAACAUUAAGAGUUAAAAGGAGUCUGCCUACUGCAGUAUCAGGGACACAUACAUGUGUGUGUGUGUGUGUGUGUGUGUGUUUGUAUGGUUAUUUUUUUUAAAGACAUAGUUUAAUGGUCACUUGAAAUGUGUCUUAAGUUGCUUCCAAUUGACUUUUACCUUUACAGGGGUAUCUAAGCCACCACAGUGCCUAUUCUUCUUUUGGAAAAUCACCCAAGAUGAAAUUUGACUGUGAGAUAUUUUAUAACUCAAGCCAGCAGAGGUGCAAAAUUGAAGCUACAAUAACUUGUAAGCAUUCAAGAAAUAUUGUUCAUUAGAGAAUAAGGAUUUUAAAUAUUAAAAGCAUUAUAAAGUUUAUGAAAGACUUUGAAAUGUACCAAGAAGAUGACUGGCUGCCUUAAUUGGAAAACUAGGUGUUGCCCAAGCACACUCUUCCAGGGUACCUGAUUCUAUGUGUUUCUGUAGCUUUCAUCAUCUUCGAGCUGUUUCACAACAAUCAAAGUUGUAGAUAACUGAUAUUAUUGCAGAUGAUUCUUGGCUGUAUACAUGCAAAUGAAAUUAGUGAGGUGGAAAUACAAUUGAUUUCCCCCUCCCAGUUUCUCACCUAUUUACAAAUUCAUUUUGGCAUUUCUUACUGCUUUUAUAUGUAUGGCUCUUUGAAUAUUCCUUUGAACUAGCUGUAACAUC